GAAUACUCGUGGAGCCGCGGACACUGUUCCGAUUGUCAAUGUCAAUAUUGUUAUCAUUCCACAGGCCCUGAUGAGUGUUUAAUUGUGAUAAUUAGGAUUAGUGCAGCUGAUUUCCGUGGAAAAAUGUUGGAAAGGAUUGAGAUUAGUGUCAUUCACAGUGACUCCAGACAUGAGGAUACAAUACUUCAAAUCACUGAUUGCCUGGAUAAUCUGCAUCAGGCAGCGUCGCAUAUUUUUCAGGGCAUCGAUGAACGAAUUGCUGAGUAUAGCAAGAGAUUAUCAACUAUAAAAGUAAAAACUAAUCAAAUUGAGAGCCAACUCAGCUACCUUCAAAACACAAUGAGUAUGAAGGCAGUAAAAAUGUUCUCAGAUCCAAAAUAUCCAGCAUAUUCGACCUAUCAAGAGUACCACGUCAUAGUUGACUCCCAAGCACUCCCAAAGAGUCUGCACGCUCGAGAGAGAUUGACUUCCUCAGAUAAAAAAAAAUCGAAACCCACAGACUCUGGUGAAUCACGAACAAAUGUGAAUUAUUACUCUCCCGAGCCGAACUUGAAAGAGAAACUGCAAUUUUAUUAUGUGAUGGGGAAAUCCAUGCAGAAGAGACCUGGAGAAUCUCUGCAGAAAUAUAAUAUUGAUAAAGUGUCUUCAGUCAGUGCUUUGCUUAUGAAUGAAUCAAGUCUAGAGGGUUUGGAGCAACCAACGUCAUCCAAAGGAGGAGCUGAACAGAUGCAGGAUGCUCCUGACUCCAUUGGACAGCCGUGGCGCUCUUCAGAUAUUGAAUCACCUUCUUAUUUAUAUGCACCAAUGUUGGGAGAGGUUCCUCAAAUAAACGUCCCAGCGAUAUUACCUGACCUUCCAGGGAUUGUCGAUGAUGAGAGAUUCGUCCUAGACUUGACUUCGCAGUCUCCAAUAGCCCCAUCAUCCGCCGUAACAUCGCCCACUCUCAGAAUUGAUCUUCCCGAUACUGCCAUAAUAACUGAGAGCUCCGAAAAUAAACAAACUGAUUUGCAACUCGAUUCUUCGAAUCUCCCAAAUGUCGGAGAUAGUACUCUUGAACAAGCUCCACCUCUGCCACCUCCACCCCCACCACCCCCGCCUGCUCAAGUACUGCCGAACACCCCGUCCACAAUUCCAGUUGUUCCUCCGAUAACUAUGGCUCCUCCGCCACCUCCACCACCACCUCCUCCAGCUCCAGAAGCAGAUACAGCUCCAGAACCAAAGGUACCUGUCAAAGCUCCAGUUUCCACGGGAGGGGACGACAGAGGAAACCUUAUGGCUGCGAUUCGAGCUGCUGGUGGGGUUGGAAAGGCCAAAUUGCGGCAAACGACGUCCAUCAUCGAACAGACUGAGGACAGAUUCUCCUCUGCGUCUGUUGGGGGUGAUCUUAUGGCAGAUCUACAUGCAAAACUGGCGAUGAGGAGAAAAGCGAUGACUGGAGGGGCAGUGGGAGCCUUGGAGCGAAUUUCUAGGCUGAUUCCUCCUCCACCCAAGCCGACUGAAAUUUCUGAUAGGAAUUCAGCUACCAGUGAAUGCGACUCACAGAAUGAUAACGAUGACUGGGAGUAAUAGCUUUUUGGGAUUAAAUAAAUCAUGUUAUAAAUGUAGAGUUCGGGAUUUUUUAUGCUGGAAAUGAAAUUUCUUCACUACUGUUUUCGUUGCGGACGUUCUCCUCGGACGUACCACCUACAAUUACAGCUGUAUCACAGAUACAGCCUUUGAUGUUUUUUUUCUAGAACUUUUUAAUUGUUGGUAUUUGCCUUACCUCUAUUCCUCUAUUAAUUUCUACACUUGAGAAAAAUACCUGUGAUAGAUUAUAAUAACAUGACAGAUUAAAAAAAAAUAUAUAAAAAAUUUAAAAUUA